AUGGAAGAACCACUAGAACAAGAACAUUCAAUUUCCAAUGAUGAUUUUAAACCUUCAUCAUCGUCGACAACCGUCAAAGCAUCUCGUCUAACAAAACAAACAACAGCAAAUGGUACAACACGUCGCCAUAAGCGACGUCGUCAACCAAACAGCACGCGUUCAUCAAGCGAUCAUUCAAGUUCGUCGAGUCGUUCCUCAUCUUCAUCGAGUCAUUCAUCACAAUUAUCGAACAAAAACGUGAAUACCAAUGAACACGAAUCGAAGAAAACGCGUAGUUGUCUGGCACAAGAACAACUGCAGCAAGUUGUCGCAAAGACCAAAACUGGAAAAUAUGAUAUUUUGGAUAGUUUCGCUUUCUUAACAUUCGACACAGAUGAAGAUUGGCGAAUAGCUUUCGAUCAUUUCAAACAACAGCAGUUACAACAAGCUUUCGCAAACAAAAAAUCAUUCUCGUUGAUAGGCAAGAAGAAUGGAAAUGGAACAGAUCAUUUCGAUGAGCAUGGUCUACAUCGUUCCAUUAGCGUCCCGUGUAAGAUCGAAGAUACUCAUCGAACUUCUUCGCAUCCGACAUCAGUUCCAGCAGACGAAAAUUCUUCGGAAAAUCAUCGUUUAUCUCUAUGGCAAAAUCUAUCACCGAAUAAAAACACGGGCGAUCGACAGUCAAUGUCAGACAUUAAAAGUGAACCGACCGAUCGAACAAAUCGAUCAAGUCGAACAACAUCCGAGCAUGAAGAUAAUCAUUGUGACAACGAGCAUCAUCAAAACUCCACUGGUUCACUACAGAAAUCGUCCGAUAGUGUGAAAACAGAAUCGGACGAAAAGAAACAUCAUCAUCACCAUCAUCACCACCACCAUCAUCAUCAUAAAUCACAUAAACGUCACAAAACUAAACACGAUAUAAGUGUUAAUGGUGACAGUAGUAAUAAACAUCCGACAAUCACUUCAAUGUCUGAUUUAGCCAAACAACAUAUAAAACAUGAACCUAUUCCAUUUCCAGGAUCAUUCAAUUUUCCAUCUCAUUUCGAUCCGAAACUAUUUCCUCUUCCAUCAUUUGCUCCAUUUCCUCAUCCGCCACCUUCGUCACAAGCAUCACCCUUCGCCGGUCCUUAUGAUCCUUCGCUGAUGUUAGCGAGCCGUUUCUACGGUGGACAAUAUCCACGAGAUCUUCCAAUGCCGCCGCCACCUCGACCGCCAUCAAGGUUAUUGCAGCAUGGAUUUUCUUUAAAAGAAAAUCACCUCGACGCAUCGGCAUCCAUGGAGAAAAUGUUCGAAAAAUACUAUCCAGGCGUUUUACCAAGUUACCUAGCAGCUGCAGCUUCGGCAGCAGCAGCUGCAUCAACGAAUAGUAAUUCGCCUAUUUCAUCAUUAAAUGUUAAAAUGCAUAGUGCUUCUCCACAUACUCCUGAUCAUUCACUGUGGUCACAUCGUGACAACUUACAACGACAACUUCUAGCUGCAUCCAAUAAAUCAAGUUCGACUAAAUCACCUCUAUUCGAUGGUCAUGCAAAACCAUCACCGAAUCAUGCAGGACCGUCACCGAACGAUCACCAUCAUCAUCAUCAUCGUCGCCACAGUUCAUCCGCAUCCAAUUCCGACAUACCGAACUCAUCUACAUCAGCAGGCCCCCCACUCUACAUCGCACCCGUUAUUGUCACAGAAUUUCAUCAGCACCAACACAAUCAUAAUCAUACUCAUGAACAUAAAUUGAACAUAACCACAAAAGACGACCGACAACCAUCUCCAAGAUCGAAAACUCCUCUUUCUAAUGAGCCGAAAAAGCCCAAAGCAGGUUUUUCCGUUACCGAUAUGUUCGUUGAUAAAUCAUCAUCUGUUAUUAAACAUUCGCCGCAAUCAUCACUACAACAGUCGCAACCACAAGGUUUUCUUUCGGUUAUUACUAGCAAGAAAGAUAAUAAUCAGUCGUCGUCGCUGUCUUCGUCAUCGUCAUCAUCGGUACAAUUAAAGAAACCAUCUAAUGGAAAAUGGUCAACAGCUCAUGUUCAUAUUGCUUGGAUGAUUUAUCACAACGAACAACGACAACGAGAUAAACUAAAUCUGAUAAAUCCAGCAAAUAAAAUUCGACCGUCGUCAUCUCUAAUGCAGUCGCUGUCCUCUUCAUCACCGUCAUCUCAGUCAACAUUUCUACCACCACCAAUGCCACUGAACGAUGCAAACAAUGACUUGUCAUCGUUGCGUACAUCAUUACCUCCCCCAGCACCUUCUCCAUUCGCCUUUCCAUUCGAUAUCCAUUCACAACAGAAUCAUCUUUUUCGAUCACUAUCAAGCUCAAAACUACCACGGCCGACAGUUACAUCAUCGACCUUAUCAUCAUCUUCGCCGUCGCCGUCAAUUAAAACACCAACUGUAAAGCGUGAACAAAAAAUACCACUGAUCGAUGAACGUAUGCGACAUACAUCUCCGUCCCCAUCCCCGUCAUCACGAACACCCUCGGGAUCAACGUUUCUUCCACCUUCACCAUCACAUCGAAUGAGGAUGGAUUUUUCAUCGCCGUCAAUGCUAUUACCGUAUUCACAACCUUCUUUUCCAACAUUUUCACCAAAUGAUGAUCGUAAACGUUUUCUAAAUCCCACUCCAGAUCUGCUACCACCGUUCGGGCUACCUUCAUCGGCACCAUCGCCCUUUCUUUCUUCUCUCUUUCCUACGGGUGCUCCGCCAAUGCCACCGCCGCCACCAAUGUCUUCGUCCUCAUCCUCAUCUAUUCGUCGUAAUACUAUCAACAGUGACUCACCAAAAUCAUCAUUAUUUCCUCCACCAUUUUCAACACCGUUCGAUUUUACUCGAUCACCUCUACUACCAGCUGGAUUUCCUCCCUUACCAGCAAGCAACCAUCUCGAAUCGGAUCGCUAUCGUCUUCUUCUCGAACAACAAGCACGCGAACGAGAAAUGCAGUUUGCUAUGAUGGCAGCAGCAGCAGGCGGUGCACAACCACCGCCACUUUUCACCGAUCCAAGUUCCGCGGCACUGUUUAAACAUCGUUAA